AAAUCUCCAUCGUUGUGUUCUGAAGGAGAAAUGUCUGCUAGCUCCGGUUUUAACGAUGAAAAGGGGGGGUCCUCGAGUGUCGGUGAGCCCGAAUAUGGCCACGAUCCGGCUAGUGGAGGUAUUUUUUCCUCGGACUACAAAAGACACGAUGACUUGAAGGAGAUGUUGGACAGCAACAAAGAUUCCCUGAAGCUCGAAGCCAUGAAAAGGAUUGUGGCUAUGAUAGCAAGAGGGAAGAAUGCCUCGGAUCUCUUCCCAGCGGUGGUGAAGAACGUGGCCUGCAAGAACAUUGAGGUGAAGAAGCUGGUCUACGUGUAUCUGGUGCGAUAUGCUGAAGAGCAGCAGGACUUGGCCCUGCUCUCCAUCUCCACAUUCCAGCGAGGGUUAAAGGACCCUAACCAGCUGAUCAGGGCCAGCGCUCUGCGCGUGCUGUCCAGCAUCCGAGUCACCAUCAUCGUGCCCAUCAUGAUGCUGGCUAUCAAGGAGGCGGCGUCCGACAUGUCACCGUACGUCAGGAAGACCGCCGCUCACGCCAUUCCCAAGCUGUACAGCUUGGAUCCUGAGCAAAAAGAUCAGUUGAUUGAGGUCAUUGAGAAGCUCCUUGCUGAUAAAACCACGUUGGUUGCUGGCAGCGUUGUCAUGGCCUUCGAGGAGGUUUGUCCAGAGCGCAUCGACUUGAUCCACAAGAACUACCGCAAACUGUGCAACCUGUUGAUCGAUGUUGAGGAAUGGGGCCAAGUGGUCAUCAUCAACAUGCUCACUCGCUACGCCAGGACUCAGUUCCUCAACCCUAAUGUUAACGAGACCCUUCUGGAGGAGGCAGGGGGGGAGAAGGCGUUCUAUGGCUCAGAUGAUGAUGAAGAUGAAGAUGAGGAAGAGAAACAGAAGAAGGCGGAGCCAGCAGCCUUAUCUAAGAGGAAGCCCUACGUCAUGGACCCAGACCAUCGGCUGCUGCUCAGGAACACCAAGCCACUGCUGCAGAGUCGGAAUGCAGCCGUGGUGAUGGCUGUGGCUCAGCUGUAUUUUCACCUGGCCCCUAAGGCAGAGGUUGGGGUCAUCGCCAAGGCCCUGGUGCGCCUCAUGAGGAGUCACAGCGAAGUCCAAUAUGUUGUCCUUCAGAAUGUGGCUACCAUGAGCAUCAAGAGAAGGGGGAUGUUUGAACCUUACUUGAAGAGUUUCUACAUCCGCUCCACUGACCCAACACAGAUCAAAGUUCUGAAGCUGGAGGUGCUGACUAACUUGGCCAAUGAGACAAAUAUAUCAACGAUUCUGAGAGAAUUCCAGACAUACAUUAAAAGCAUGGAUAAGGACUUUGUGGCUGCCACCAUCCAAGCCAUCGGCCGCUGUGCCACCAACAUUGGGGAGGUUAGGGACACGUGUCUGAACGGCCUGGUCCAACUGCUGUCCAACCGCGAUGAGCUGGUGGUGGCAGAGUCUGUGGUCGUGAUCAAGAAGCUACUGCAGAUGCAGCCAGAACAGCACAGCGACAUCAUCAAGCACAUGGCCAAACUCACUGACAACAUUCAGGUGCCCAUGGCGCGAGCCAGCAUUCUGUGGCUCAUAGGGGAGUACUGUGAGCAUGUACCCAAGAUCGCCCCAGAUGUCCUCCGCAAAAUGGCCAAGACAUUCACUAAUGAGGAGGACAUUGUCAAGCUUCAGAUCAUCAAUCUGGCUGCCAAGCUCUACCUGACUAACUCCAAACAGACCAAGCUGCUGACUCAGUACGUGUUGAACUUGGCUAAAUACGACCAGAACUAUGACAUCCGUGACCGUGCCCGCUUCAUCCGCCAGCUCAUCGUGCCCACCGAUAAGAGCGGAGCCCUCAGCAAGCACGCCAAGAAGCUGUUCCUCGCCCUCAAACCCGCGCCAGUCCUCGAGUCUCCGUUUAAGGACCGAGACCACUUCCAGCUGGGCUCCCUGUCUCACCUGCUGAACACCAAGGCUGGCGGCUACCAGGAGCUGUCCGACUGGCCCAACGCCGCCCCUGACCCCUCCGUGCGCAACGUGGAGGUGCCCGAGUGGACCAAGUGCAGCAGCCGAGAGAAGAGGAAAGAGAAGAAGGUGGAGAAGCCCUUCUACUCUGACUCAGAAGCAGAGUCAGGGGCCACAGAGUCAGCUGACUCCGACUCUGUCACGGCCAGCAGCUCUGCCAGCCCCAGCGGCAGUGAGGAGAGCGCGUCUGGGUCAGAGAGCGAUGACAGCGAAGACGAGUCAGAGUCCGAAGAGGAGGAAGAUGAGGAGGAGGAGAGGAAGAAGAAAAAAAAGGAGGUUAAGAAACCAGUGCAAGAGAGCGAAAGUGAGCAAAGCAGUGGAGAGGAGAAGGGGAAACCAGAGAGGAAGAUUCAGCCACGGAAGAUAGAAUCCGAGUCUGAGUCAGAGGAAGAAGAGGACAGCGAAUCAGAGAGCAGCAAAUCAGAAGAGUCAGAAGAAGAGUCGGAGUCUGAGACUGACAAGAAGAAGAAGAAGAAGAAGAUUCUAUCUAAACCUCCUUCUAAACCACCCAAAAAAGAGAGCAAGAAGGAGAAGAAAGAGAUGUCCCUGCUGGAUCUUGAUGACUUCGAGCCCAGCCCAUCUCCUCAAGUCACGCCUGUGAACAACUUCCUGUCCAGCAGUCUGGUGACGGACCUGGAGGGCUUGUCGCUGUCAGACAACGUUCUGUCCCCUACCAUCACCCCCUCUGGAGGCCUGAGGAGCUACGAGCUGCUUCACCGCAUAACUGGGGAGGGCCUGGCAGUGGACUACUGCUUCAGCCGUCAGCCUUUCAGCCCCGACCCUCACAUGGUGGCCGUGCACAUCCAGUUCACCAACAGCGCCAACACCGAGGCCAAGAACCUGCAUGUGGAAGACGCCAAGCUACAGUCUGGCAUGAGAAUCAAAGAGUUCACAGAAAUCGAGGUGCUACCAGCUGGUGAGACUGUUACAGUGGUGAUGGGAAUCGAUUUCUGCGAUUCGACGCAAGCUGCAAACUUCCAGCUGUGCACUCACACCAAGAAGUUCUUUGUGUCGAUCCAGCCCCCAGUGGGAGAGCUGAUGAUGCCUGUCUUCAUGACGGAGAAUGAAUUUAAGAAGGAACAAGAGAGGUGUCGAGGUCAGCUGAUGGGCAUGAACGAGAUCUCAGAGAAGUUGACUCUGGGGGAGAGGUGUCAGGGUGAACACACCAUCGUCCAGAGGGUGACCACGGCCGCCAGCCUCGGCCGCGUGCCCUGUGGGUCCGACAGGGAGUGCAGACCUCCUGUCCCUCCUCCCCCUAUGCCGACUCACAGGUUUGCAGCCAAGACCGUGACCAGUGGCAGCUUGGUGCUGGUCACUGUGGUGGCCAGACAGGAAGGUGCUGCCCAGCUGACAGUUAACUGUGAGAAAAUGGUGAUCGGUACGAUGCUGGUCAAGGACAUCCUUCAGGCUCUAACCCAGUGAUGACCCCCUGGUGACCCAGUGAUGACUCGCUGGUGACCCAGUGAUGACUCCCUGGUGACCCAGUGAUGAACCCCUGCUGACCAAGUGAUGACCCCCUGCUGACCCAGUGAUGACUCCCUGGUGACCCAGUGAUGACUCCCUGGUGACCCAGUGAUGACCCCCUGCUGACCCAGUGAUGACUCCCUGGUGACCCAGUGAUGACCCCCUGGUGAUCCAGUGAUGACCCCCUGCUGACCCAGUGAUGACUCCCUGGUGACCCAGUGAUGACCCCCUGGUGAUCCAGUAAUGACCCCCUGCUGACCCAGUGAUGACCCCCUGCUGACCCAGUGAUGACUCGCUGGUGACCCGGUGAUGACUCCCUGGUGACCCGGUGAUGACUCCCUGGUGACCCAGCGAUGACCCCCUGGUGACCCAGUGAUGACGCGCUGGUGACCCGGUGAUGACUCCCUGGUGACCCAGUGAUGACCCCCUGGUGAUCCAGUGAUGACCCCCUGGUGACCCAGUAAUGACCCCCUGGUGUUGGAUUGUGACCCCCACUUCUUUAUAGCUCUUGUAUCGUCUCAGCUCUCACAUACACAGCCAUGCCCCCACCUGAGCUUAAGAGUCCUAGACUUGGAUACAUAUUUUUGCAUUUGGGUACCAGAACAAAUUACAACUUUACAUAGUCCUCAUGAAAUCCAGAAUGUUAUUGCAGUGUACAAUUUGCAAUGACAAUCAGGCAUAGAAAUUCAGUUUGUCCUUUAGCCUGAGUUCUCAGUAUAUCAUGUUAUAGCCCUGUUUCAGAACGGCUGAUGAUGUACAAUAUAGCUGCAAGAGAGUUGCACAUACUGUAUGUGUUUAACCUCACGUUAGACAGUUGACCAUGUUUCAAGUGAGCGAGAAUGUAGCAUGCAGAAAAAUACCAACUCACAAGGCCUUGUCAGACAGGAACGUACUGCGAUAUGAUCAAUAUUGUGACAGGAUAUA